AUGAAUGUUAUAGUAUGGAAUUGCAGAGGCGCUCUUAAGCCCUCUUUCAAAAAGCAUGUUCGUGAGCUGGUCCACAACCAUAAUCCAGCAAUUUUUGUUGUAAUGGAAACUCGUAUUGGAGGGGAAAGAGCUAGGGAGAUUACUGAUCGGUUGCCUUUUGAUGGGUUUAUCCAUACGAAGACGAUUGGCUAUACUGGUGGGCUCUGGACGCUCUGGAACUCGGAGAGAGUGGAGGUAACUCCGUUAUCCAACACGGAGCAAGAAAUUCAUACACUAGUUAAGGUACGUAAUUCUAAUGCUAGCUGGAUGUUUUCUGCUGUGUAUGCUAGUCCUAGGACUGCGGAGAGAAUUAUUUUAUGGAAUAAUUUAAUUAAAGUGUCGGAAUUGCAUAACAUGCCUUGGGUGUUAGCUAGGGAUUUUAAUGAACCCCUCUUGGGGGAAGAUAAGUUUGGUGGAAGAGCGGUGAGUGUUAAUAGGUCCUUGCUCUUUAAAGAGUGUUUGGACAAAUGUAGUAUGAUAGAUAUUGGGUUCUCUGGUCCUAGGUUCACUUGGACAAACAAAAGAGAUAUUCAAGCUCUUAUACAAGAGAGGAUAGACCGGUUUUUUGUUAAUCCCAGCUGGUGUCUUCUUUAUCCGGAAGCAAGAGUGGUGCAUCUCACAAGGUGCCAUUCAGACCACUGCCCUGUCCUGAUGGAAAUGCAGCCAAGGAGGGGUAGUGGAAGGAAUAGGCAUUUUAAGUUCCAAACUUGCUGGCUCUCAGACCCAUCGUUUCCCAACAUUGUUAAUCAAGCUUGGAGACAUCCUGUGAUGUUGGUGGAUGCUAUAAACAAAUUCACAGAGGAAGCAACAAGGUGGAAUAGAAUGCAGUUCGGGAAUGUGUUCAAUAGGAAAAAGAAUAUCAUGGCUAGAUUGAAUGGUGUUCAACGGGCCCUAUCUAAUAGGCCUUCCUCCUUUCUCAUCAAUCUUGAAAAGGAGUUGCUUAAAGAUCUUGAUGUCGUGCUUAAUCAAGAGGAAGAGAUUUAG